UUCACUUGUGUUUAAAGCAAGUUAGUGACAGUUGAUAUGUCAAAGUAUUUUUGUAGUGUUUUUUUUAUUUGAGAUUAGAGGAAUUGUUUCUAUUUUAUAGAAUUGAAUGGUUAUAUAGUUCCACUGUUUACAGCUAAUUUUUUCGUCACAAAAUCUGCUGUUUUGUUCUGAAAAUGGACAAAAAAUCUGGUUAUAUUGAUGUUGAUAGAAUUGUGGUUGAACCCAGCCCGCUACGGAUUCGAAAUAUUUUAACUCUUGAGGAACGCGUGCGUGCAAUACAAGCCUAUGAUUGUCGUCCAAUGUAUACCAAAGUAGCCAAAAUGUUCAACUGUAGUUGGGAACAAAUAAAAAAUAUAAUUACGAAUCGGGAUGCAAUAAUACGGUUCUAUGAAGCAACAAAAAAUACGGAUAAAGCAAAUGAUCCGAAUUUAGAUGAUAUUCGACAAAGUAAAAUUUCAUUUUUGGGUAAAUGUUUAUAUGAGUACAUUCAACGUGCACAAUUGUAUAAAAAAACUGACCUUUCUGAAGACCUUCUUCGCACAAAAGCUUUGGAGUUUCGCGACUUAAUACAAAUAGAUCAUUUUACACCGAAUAAAGCUUGGAUUAAUCAUUUUAAGGCAACAUACAACUUUUCUCUUUCAAACCGGCAAAUAAUGCUAACUCGGAUACCACCAUCAUCGAUGGACUUGAAGGAUAUUAUGAUGUAUUGCUCAAAAAACAAAUCUAAAGGUGAAAAACAAAAACAUAUGCGUUCCGAACAAUUUCUUAAUAAAAAUAAAAAAAUUGCUUCGGCUAACAAGUGUUUAACAACAGAAUUCGUAGGAAUGCGUAAAAUAAGUUUUUUAGAAAAAUCACUAUUGGAAUACAUACGACGCAUCCAAUAUCAUCCAAAAACGUCUUUAAACGACGAUUUAUUAUUAAAAACUGCUUGUCACUUUAGAGAUUUGCUUAAAAUCGACAAUUUUGUGCCGAAUAGAAGAUGGUUUGAUAACUUUAAGAAAAAAUAUAACAUAAGUUUUUCUAAAAAUACUAAUUCAACACAAGUAAAAUCUCACAUUACUUUAGAUUUACGAGACAUUUUAAGCUACUGCAGUCGUUCUAACAAGAAUGAACAAUCACAUAACCUGAGUAUGUUAGAGGCAAAGUCCAGUGAUUUAUCAAAUUCUGGGAAAAUGUUAAAUUAUACAUACACUUCCGGAGAUUUAAUUGAACAGGCCAGUUCAGAUAUUUUUUCGACCGAAUGCAAUGAUGAUGUCAAACCUAUUAUUAUAGACUUGGAAGAUGCAAACAGUUCUCAAAAAGAAGAAACCGCGCCAUCACUAAAAAGACGAAGAAUUGAUAUAGCUUCUCACUCUAGUACAAACUCACAUGAAUGUAUGACAGAGGAUGAGCUACCAAAACGGAUAAUGAACUAUAACGAUGCCUUAAAAUAUCUUCAACCUAUAGAGGAAUUUAUAAUGUUACAAGAAAACUAUCGCGCUAUUUCCUUAGUAACACAAUUGGAGGAAAUAUUUAAAAACCCACCGAAAAAUGACAAUGCAUCAGAUUUUUCAGACACCUCUAGUGAUUAAGAAACUUUUUGAUAUAUAAACUAGAAUCAUAUCUUACUCU